AUGAUAUCGCAUUUGAAGACCCAGUUGGAUGACUACUUCAUGGACUAUCCGAAGGUGAAGAUCGUUCGAGCGGAGGAGCGACUUGGGUUGAUGAGAGCUCGGUUACUCGGAGCCAAAACGGCCGUUGCCGAAGUGUUAACCUUCCUUGAUGCCCACGUGGAAUGUACCGAAGGAUGGCUAGAAGCUUUACUCGAUCCUGUGGCAAAAAACUGGACUACAAUAUCAAUCCCAACGGUUGAUUUCAUUGAUGAAAAGGAUAUGCGCCUGCGGUAUGAUAGUGCACCCAACUUCUAUGGAGCUUAUGAUUGGAAUCUGAACUUUGGUUGGUGGCUACGAUCGACCCGGAUCAACAAACCGGAAAAUGAGUUCGAGCCGUUUGAUUCACCGGCCAUGUCUGGCGGACUUUUCUCGAUCACUCGGAGAUUUUUCGAGCAUGUAGGUUGGUACGAUGAGGGUUUCGAGAUUUAUGGAAUCGAGAAUAUUGAACUUUCGAUGAAGAGUUGGAUGUGUGGAGGGAAGAUGGUAACGGUUCCUUGCUCAAGAGUUGGACACAUCGCCAAGGCUGGCCAUCCCUAUAUGAUGCAGGCGACUAGGGAUCACAUCAGAGCGAACUCUCUUCGAUUGGCGGAAGUGUGGAUGGAUGAAUACAAACAGGUGAUCUUCGACAUCUAUGGUGUCCCGAAAUAUCCCGUCGAUGAGGCUGGAGAAAUUGCAAUGAGGAAGGAAAUUCGCGAGAAGAGUAACUGCCAACCGUUCAAGUAUUACGUUAAGAAUGCUUUUCCGGAGAUGCUCAAUCCUGAGGUUAGAGGGGCUUUCCACGGAGAGAUGACAAACAAAGCCCUCGGGGCGAACAUGUGUCUCCACUACUCGAAGGAGGAAAACUUUAUCGGCAUGCGGGAAUGUGAUCAUCAACAGAAACAUCAGCACUGGACACACAACUACUACAGGGAGAUCAACAGCUGGCGAAACUGUUUGGACUACACUGGCACCGAUAGGACGGUAUAUGUGUUUGGAUGUCAUCGAGCCUACGGGAAUCAGGAAUGGGAGAAUGUCAACGCUUCGGGACAGUUCCGUAGUAAGAAGCAUAACAAGUGUUUGGGGCUUGAUUUGGGAGCCAACAAUUUACUGGUCGCCGAAGACUGUGAUGCUAGCAAAGAUUCGCAAAUCUGGCUGGUUGAACCGGUUCAGCUUGAUGUUUCGAUUUUUCUAAGAAAACAGUGA